UGUGUUAUCACGAACAGAGUAAUGGUAUACUGUCGUGACCGCACGGAGUGUUUUAUUUCAGCCGCCGCUACACGCAGACAGUUGUUGCCGCGUUCAGCGUUAAAAUACGUGCAGGAAUUUGCGGUAUUUUACAAGAGAACACUUAUACUAUCACGUACAGCCAAACUUAUUCGUUUUUAACCUCAGCCUUUAAGUGCAAUUAAAAUGAGCAAACUUUGCGUAAAUGGAGUGGAACUGUUUUAUCAGAAACACGGAACGGGUGACCACGUUGUGCUUCUACUACCAGGAGGUUUGGGAUUUGGCCAGCUCCAUUUUACUCCUCAAAUUCAAGGUUUUGACAAGAAAAAGUUUACUUUAAUUAGUUGGGAUCCGAGAGGUUAUGGUCAAUCAAGGCCACCAAAGCGAGUGUUUCCAAAAGACUUUUAUUAUAUUGAUGCUGACGAUGCAAUUGCUCUAAUGGAGAAACUUGGUUAUACAUCAUACUCAAUAUUAGGCUGGAGUGACGGGGCAAUAGUGGCUUGCAUAAUUGCGGCUAAACAGCCAAAUAGAAUCAGGAGAAUCGUGAUGUGGGGUGGAAAUGCAAUGUGCCCGCCUGAGAUGUUACAAUCAAAUGACAACAGCAGCAAUAGCGCAUGUGAAGACCCAGAAUAUUCUGACCCAUCUCUUGAUUAUUAUGGAAAAGAAUAUUUCACUUAUUUAACACGAGCAUGGGCGGCUUCUUUUCAUCAAAUGGAUAAAGAUAGUGAAGGAAAUAUUGACUUAUGUUCAAAGUGUCUUCCAAAAGUAACAGCUCCAACGUUCAUCUUACAUGGAUUAAAGGAUGUUUCUGUGGUAAAGAUACAUGCAGAUCAUAUGCAUAAAAAUAUUGCUGGUUCAAGGUUGGUGCUUUGGGAGAAUGGGGAACAUUCUCUUCACUUACAAUUUCCAGAUGAUUUUAAUAAGAUUGCGCAACAAUUUCUGCUGGAAUCAAGUUAACUUUAUAAAGCGACUUUAUACCGGCUAGCAUUUACGGGAUUAUUUAUAAAAUAAUUAAAUGUUCUGUUAGUGUGCAAUAAGUAACUUACUUUACUAGUGAGCCUGAACUGCUUACCACCUGCCUUUAAUGAUGUAUCUUAUAUUCUGAUGUAAGUUUUAUGGUCGCUGAGGUUGUUGAUUUUACAUUUUAUUUACUUAUG